UGUGUGUGUGUGUGUGUGUGUGUGUGUGUGUGUGUAGGGCAGUGAGGACCAGCUGAAAGAAGUCUGGAAGGAGUCUGACGGUUUGGACCCAAAUGACUUUGACCCCAAGACCUUCUUCAAACUCCACGACACCAACGGAGAUGGCUACAUUGAUGAGCAGGAGCUUGAAGCCCUGUUCACUAAAGAGCUGGAGAAGAUGUACAGCCCCAAUCUAGAAGAGGAUGACAUGACAGAGAUGGAGGAGGAGAGACUGCGCAUGAGGGAACACGUCAUGAAUGAGGUGGACACCAACAAGGACAGACUGGUCUCCCUGGAUGAGUUCCUGAUCUCCACAAACAAGAAAGAGUUCCAAGAGCCAGACAGCUGGGAAACUCUGGAGCAGGCCCCAGCGUACACGGACGAGGAGAUGAAGUUAUUUGAGGAGCAGCUGGCCCAGGAGGAGAGCAACCUCAACCAGAAGAACGUAGAUCUGCAGAAACAGAAAGAGGAGCUGGAAAGGCAGCAGGAGCAACUCAAUGCCCAGAAAGCCGAACUGCAGCAGGCCGUGGAACACAUGCAGAUAAUAAAAUCUGAAAAAGCAAAUGUGGCCGUUGGGGUCAAAGAUGGAGGAGCUACAGUAGCAGUGCCCCCUGGUGGUCAAGCGUUGCCAGUACUACCAGGAGACAGCCAACCUCUACCCCCUGGUCACCAGCAAGACUUACCUGCACACUCUUAGCAGGCCCGGCAGCUUUUCUGUGUGUGUGAAUCUCUGUGUGUGUGUUUGCGCAUGUGUGUGUGCGCUCAUGUGUGUUUGCGUGUGCAUAUGUGUGUAAAUUAAUUUAGCAAUUAAUCAGUUUCAGUUAGCUUUAAUGUGUUGUUGGAGCUCUAUGGUCCCACAAUAUACUCGGACGCACACAUACAGUCCAACAAUUUCCCAAGACCAGCUAAACCAAUCAGAAUGAAGCCUUGGAUUUUGACCCACUACCAGUCGUGGCAUUCCGGAGCUGGCAGGAACAGCCAGCACAACCAACGAGACUUGAAAUAAUUGCUGAACCAGGCAUUUUGUGGACAAUCCACUCUUUGUUAUUAGUUAUUUUCCCUCUUGACACAACCAGAACAUGGUUCGAUAUGGGAAGUAAUUUGGGACGAGUGGGAAGAGUUUUUGUUACUGAAUAUUUGCAAUGUUUUGUUUUCUACCUAGUUAGGUAGGCUACCCAGUGGGAUUGUUUCUCUGGAGAAAGAUUUGUUUAAAAUACAAAAUACAUUUGGUUAAAUAGUUUACGGAGGUGGGUCAAAUUAAUGUCAAUUUUGAUAUGCUACUUGAUAGUAUGCUGUCAUGAUAAAUAAUGUAUAACUUACCUGGAGAUGGUUUACUGUUAUAGCCUUGCUGAUUCAUUCCUGAUAUUAAUAAUUGCCCAUACACAGAUAAAACCUAUUGGCUUCACAUCAUAGACAAUGAAGGCAUAAUUAGUUCUUAGUAUUUUAUUUUAUUUUUAUUGGACUUUGUUAGUUAAGAUACAGUAUGGAAAUUAUGAAGAUACUAAAGUAAUUAAAUAUUGGCCAAAAUAAUGUUUACAUGCCACAAACCGCCAUUUGUUUUCGUGUAACAAAAAUGCCCCAUUGAUGUGGACUUAGAAUGUUGUAAAUGUUUUCAUUGUGGUUGAUAGGGACAAUAGUGAUAAUUAGUAGGAGUCUUGAAUGUUAUUUUUGGUGUUUCAUUUAUCUUAAUUUCCAGUGUCUGUUUUACUGUAUUUGUGUGUGAGAGUAUGUAUGAUGAUCACAGUUUAGGACCAACAUCUAUUGUGGGGAUAAUAAUAAUAAAUAAUAAUAAUCAUACA